AGACAAAUAGCGGAUGAAAACUUAUACCUGUUAUCAGAAGAAAUAAGCCUAGCUACAGAUAAGGUUUACGCAAUCCUUGAGGUUAAGAUAAGUGAGAUUAAUGUAACAUUGUAUUGAACAGAUGAACAUUCGUCAAGAGUUAACCAAACAAUUUUGAUGAAGACUAAAGCUUUCCUCCAUAAAAAGAAAAGAAUAUAACCGACAUGAGCAUCGAUAUAGAAUGUAGUAGUUCUUCAUCGAAUGACAUGACUGAAAAGCGAACACUUAGUGAUGUGGAUAAGCAACAUGGAAAAGAAACAAAUAAAGAUGAGGACGAGAAAGAAAAUGUAACUCCACAACCUAUAGAUCUCGAUUACUUAUUGGCAAAUGAGCUAGGUCAGUUUGGCUGGUUCCAGUUAAGGAACGUCCUCUUGCUUGCUCUAUUAACUUUAUUCGGUGGAACUUCGAGCGAGUAUAUAUUUUCAGCAGCGGCUACACCACACAGAUGUCGCAUUCCAGAAUGCAGUGAAGGUGAGAAGUUGCAUGAAUUUAACCCUCAAUGGAUUAAUAAUGCAAUUCCAGAGACUAGUUCCGGCUUUGCGAGUUGCGAAAGGUAUGCCCCUGUGGGAACUAACGGGAGCUUGGACUACUGCCCUGCCAACCUGUUCGAUCAGUCCAACACUGUAGCUUGUGAAGGUUUCGUGUAUGCCAAUAAUAACACCGUUGUGUAUGAAUUUGACCUUGGAUGUAACGAGUGGUUGCGAGCCUUUGCGGGAACUAUACAAAGUUUAGGGACUCUUCUCGCAUUACCAAUCACUGGAUUUAUCUCGGAUCGCUUCGGGCGGAGAAUAGCUUUGGUCAUCAGUAUCGUCAGUCAGGGUUUGUUCGGUUUCAUUCGUGCAUUCUCUGUUAGCUACACCAUGUAUCUGAUACUACAGAUAGUGCAGACAACUUUCGGGUCCGGAGCUUUUAGUUCCGCGUUUAUUCUCGCUACGGAGCUGGUGGGGCCAAAGUAUCGUGUUAUCACAGGUGUGACUUUGACUUCAAUGUUCACAUUAGGAGAGGUAUUGUUGGGGGGUACCGCUUGGCUGAUCCCACCGUGGCGAUACGUGAUCAUGGUGACAACUAUCCCAUGCUUCUUCUUUGUCGUGUAUUACUGGAUUAUCACAGAAAGUGUGAGAUGGCUACUAUCGACAAAAAAGUACACCGAGGCUAAAAAAAUAUUACAUACUAUCGCAAGAGUAAACAAAACACAAAUCAGUGAAAAGUCUCUAGAAGUAAUUCUUAACCCAUCACAACUCACGAUUACAAAAUCUAAUAAUGCUGACAGUCUUGGAUUAGUUCGCACUAUAAUACGUUCUCCAAUUCUGCUAAGAAGAAUUUGCACGACGCCAUUAUGGUGGAUGACAAUGACGUUUGUCUACUACGGCCUGUCUAUCAACUCCACCUCUCUCUCCGACACCAUGCAUUUGAACUAUAUGUUGACAUCUUUUGUCAGUAUUCCUGGUUUUUACUCAUCUGCGUUCUUCUCGAAUACAAUUGGCAGAAAAUUUACUGUUGCAGUUGGUUUCUUUAUAAGCGCUGCUUGCAAUAUCAGUUUUGUCUUUAUACCCAGAGACUUUGCCAUCCUACGCCUUAUAGUGUAUCUUCUUGGAAAGUUCUUCAUCUCGUCCGUCGCGUCUACGCUAUAUAUCUACACAUCGGAACUAUAUCCAACAGAGUACCGACAUACUUUUCUCGGCUUCUCUUCCAUGAUUGGUCGUAUUGGAUCCAUCUUUGCUCCUCUUACUCCAGCACUUAUGAUCUAUUAUCACGGCCUGCCGUCGUUGCUGUUCGGAGGUAUGGGCGUCGUCGCCGGUCUGCUGGUGCUCACGCAGCCGGAGACGCUGGGCUGCAACAUGCCCGACACCCUGGCUGAGGCGGAAGCCAUCGGAAAACCAGAGUCCAAAAUAAAAACAACUAGAUUAUCUACUUGAUAACGAAUAUCCAUUUAUGACUUUAAAAAAAUGUUAUGUUUUAUUGUCUAUACUCUAUAACAUUGUGUAAAUACAUUUUUUUUUAUAAAAUUAUUCGUUAAGCCAAACAAGUGUUACAAAAUGUGUUUAUUAUGAAGAAAUAAUAUUGGGUAUCCGUUUUAUCAAACAUUUUUUUCCUUUUAUCCUUGAAAUUAUAGGAAGAUGUUACUACUGCAAAUGAAGCAGCGAAUAAAAAUUAAAUGCUUGAAUUUGGCUUAGAAUUGAAUGUAUUGAGUAGUUUGAGGAGACUUUAUGGUCGCCAAAUCCUUCUCAUCCUGAGAGUAGAGCCCGUACUCAGUAGUGAGCCGGCGAUGGGUUGAUGAUGAUGAUUAUUACGGAAUCACUUAGACAAUAAUUAUUCAAACAAUAAAAAAUAAUAAAAAUAAAAGUCCAAUUUACUAUCAAAAAUAAAAAUAAUAAUUACAAUUUCAUAUUGCCAUAGAAAGGAUACCUGCCAAAGAAUACCUCAUUAUUGCACUACAAAACCAUUAAUUAGUCAUAAUCAUCAGAUCGGUAUAUUAUUUAAGAAUAGGUUAUCACUAAGGAAUUCAGAAAUAUUAUAAUAGCAUUUAUUUAUUUAUAAGCAACUCAAGAGUUCUUCUUUUGAAUUUAUUAAAAGUACUGCUUUUA